CCCUCGAGCGAGCGAGGAAACAUCGAGCUCGUUUCGCCAUCUGCUUUUUCUCAAACAUUCAAUAAUAAAUAAAAAAUUCAUACGCAGUGCCUUCGAAAAAACUGAAUUUGGUUUGUAAAUUAAUGUGUCUUUAUGUAUCUCGUAAAUAACAACUUAACGCGCCAACACGGAUUUUACGAAAAAUUGUAUUGAUACAAAAAUUACCUUCAAUAAUUGAUAACGAUAUUCUCCGUACUUUAAUUUGACGAUUUAUAUAAACUCCAUGUGAGCUUUAAUUAUACUUAUCAAUUUGUUAAUUCAUAUUUUGUUAGCGCGUCGUCCUUCUAAUAAGAAAAAUUUUGAAAACGAUUAAUAGAGGCACCUCCGGAAAAAAAGCGCUCAAGUUUCUGUUCAAUUAUUGUAAUACUGAUCGGAUCGAAAAGUUGUAAAAGGUGAUAUUUAGAUAUCCGCGUGUGAGUUGCUUAUUCAUCAAUUCGGAGUAAUAGAUAGUCGCUUAUCUCUCCUUCUUGCGAUUUAGGGCACUUCGCGCGGCGUUGUGAAAUUCAGCAAAUCGACGACGUGUAUCAUCUAUCCGCGACGAUAAACGUGGAAAUGCGAUCUCCCGAGUAUCCCUCUACUUGCCUCUUAGGGCUCUUAGCCCUCUUCAUUCAUCGCUGAUAUGUUCGAGAAACAAGCCGAGUUGUAACUGCAAUUUCAAAAUUAUUACAACUGCGUUCGCGUAAGAAAACGCGCAACACGCUUUUGCACGAAACUGAUACCUACGGUCACUUCGACCAGACUCCGAUUACCUUUCCGGUAAGCAAAUCGUCCUCAUUGAAAUGCUAACAGAUUGGCAACAAAUUCAAUCAGAAAUUGCUAGCAAAUUAGCAUCAAUUAUGUUCGCAUGAUCGAACAUUUUGCAAAUAAAGCCUGCUGGCAUAAUUAAUAUUAAUAUAAUGUAAUAUUUAAUAUAACUCGACAGCUGAUUUUAUUCGUUUUCCGCCGUUAAGAUCUGAAGAUCUGCAUUCGACAAAUUUUGCUUGAUUUCUGCCAUCAUAUUUCGUUAACAAACUUUGCUAUAUUUUUACCAGUAUUGUAUAUACUACAAGUAUAUCCUGCAUCUCUGGUCCUUCUGUCGACAAAAGUACUACAACAAACGCUUUGCAGAUUUUAUUUCCGAUAGAUUGAUUUUCUGUUCUGGUUCAAUUGGCGAUUAAACUCAAUCAGCAAAAUAGCUUGCGGCAAAAUUUUAGACUGUAUAAUAUAAUUAUCCUGAAUCCUUCUUUGUGUUCAAACAACGAAGAGUUCAUAAUUCCAGCCACGUUAUCAAAGUGAUUAUAUAUGUUAUUCGACGUGUUAAUUGCUAAUUAAAAUUAAUUGGAGUCUGAUCGAAGUCGGUCCUUUAAAAAAUCGUUUUAAAUAAAGCCUUUUAAGCUCGUUAAAAAUCUAUUAAAGGCUCGUGUGGUAAAAUCUGUGAAAAAAAUUAAACGCACAUGAUCGUGAUUGAUUGUGUGAUUUUCCUAUCAAUUGUCACUUCAUCGGGUCGGCAAAAACUUACGUUCACAUUUUCGUCGAAUUUGACACUGGAUAUCGAUUCGAGAUCAUUUGCCGAAUGCCGAAUGUUUCAAUUCAUGACACUCCCUUAUUUUCCCUAUGGCAUGCGCCUAGUUGCGCUUAUCACGCUGUCGCGCGCGACUUGAAGGAGACAAUUAUUGAAAGAAAGCUUUGGAUGUCAAAGCUCACGCGAUAAGAACGAACAGACGAUACGGACUAGGCGGCCCGUUCUCAACCGCAACGCGCGCUUUUUUCACCCCCCUUUCGUCAGCGCUCGAGAUUCCGUCAAUGCCAUUUCCACACGGUACGAUUUACGACAGUCUUUAAAGAUCAAUUGGCGCCGACGAUCAAAGUGACGAAUUUAGCAGCUUCCCGCGUUUCCGUGGAAAAGACGCGUUUCGAUCGAUCUGUUUACGAGUAUGGGAUGAGAGAUACAGAAUACAAUAAUGAGGAGAAACAAUGGUCUUUCACUGAUGAUGUAACACAAUUCGUUGCAUACAAGAGUAGGAAGGAGAACGAUUGCUAUCUUGAAGAUAUAAAGCAGGGUCAGAAUGUGUCACGUAAGAAGCGACAAUCCAAGAUACUCUAUGCGUCCACCCUCCUCACGAAACUGGAGGCGUGGCGACUUGCUGGAGGUCGAAUCGUUGAUUUCUGCAACGGACGCAAUAUUCUUUUAUUACAAACAACGAGACCUGUACCUGGACAAACUCUCGAUCCCUUCCUCAAUGAAAUUCCUGUAGACGAAAACGACAUUUCGUCGAAACGCGUAGCUGACGUGGUUUUAAUACCGCUGAAAGCUCGGACAAAACGAGAGAUUCAACUCGAGCAACGAGAGAAGUUGAAUAAAAAUGUCAAUCAAAUUCGACAACGUCGGCAGACGAAUCAGUUUCGAGGGAAGUUUCGUGGACAGACGCAAUCUCAAUAUUUAAAUUUCAAUAGUGAUGAAACGAAAGAAGGCAAGGCUGAAGCUGAAGCUACUCAGCAAUCUUCGCAUGCCGUAGUUACUGGUAGUCGCGGAAUGGGUCAAGCACAAAGUAUGUCAUCAGGUGGUACUGGUUGUGAAGAUUGUCCUGGAUAUCCUGGAUAUCUUGGAUAUCCUGGCGUCGAGGGCACACCAGAUACACGAGUUCCACCUACUCCAGGUGUUGGAAUUACACCUGGUAUUACACAGCCAGGAAUCGUUCCUGGAGUUCCAACUUACCCUAGCACCUAUCCUGGUAUUCGUCCUGGAAUUAGACCAGAAACUUAUCCUGGAGGCAUCCGUCCUGGUAUUGUGGCACCGGGAGUUGACGGGACGUAUCCUGGAGGUGUUCGUCCUGGUAUCGUAACACCGGGAGUUGAGGGGACAUAUCCUGGAGGUGUUCGUCCUGGCACCGUGACACCGGGAGUUGACGGGACAUAUCCUGGAGGUGUUCGUCCUGGUAUCGUAACACCGGGAGUUGAGGGGACAUAUCCUGGAGGUGUUCGUCCUGGUACUGUGACACCGGGAGUUGACGGGACGUAUCCUGGAGGUGUUCGUCCUGGUAUCGUAACACCGGGAGUUGAGGGGACAUAUCCUGGAGGUGUUCGUCCUGGUAUCGUAACACCGGGAGUUGAGGGGAUAUAUCCUGGAGGUGUUCGUCCUGGUAUCGUAACACCGGGAGUUGAGGGGACAUAUCCUGGAGGUGUUCGUCCUGGUAUCGUGACACCGGGAGUUGAGGGGACGUAUCCUGGCGGCGUUCGUCCUGGCAUCGUGACACCGGGAGUUGAUGGGAUGUAUCCUGGAGGUGUUCGUCCUGGUAUCGUGACACCGGGAGUUGAGGGAAUGUAUCCUGGCGGCGUUCGUCCUGGCACCGUGACACCGGGAGUUGACGGGACGUAUCCUGGCGGCGUUCGUCCUGGCACCGUGACACCGGGAGUUGAAGGAAUGUAUCCUGGCGGCGUUCGUCCUGGUAUCGUGACACCGGGAGUUGACGGGAUGUAUCCUGGAGGCGUCCGUCCUGGUAUCGUGACACCGGGAAUUGAUGGAACGUAUCCCGGUGGUGUACAACCUGGAACUGUGAUACCAGGUGUCCAGCCUGGAAAAGUUCAGCCUGGAGGAGUCCAGCCUGGAGGAGUAUUACCUGGUGUAACGGUAGUUGGGACGUAUCCAGGAAGUAUUCAACCUGGAGUCCAACCGGGACAAGUUUAUCCUCCUGGUGGUAUUAUAACCACUUCAGUAACAACAGGUGCCACUGCUGUUACUGGUGUUGGAACUUAUCCAAUCAGUACUGUACCUGGAACAGGCUUACCAAGUGGAAUAUAUCCAGGAGUUCCUGGCACAGGACCUUAUCCCGGAACUGGAGUCUAUCCUGGUGUUCGUCCUGGUACUAUUCCAGGAACAAGUGUCGAGACAUACCCUGGUGUUGUUUCAGGAACAGUAACUCCUGGAGUUUAUCCUGGUAGUGGACAGCAGACUGUCGUAUACCGUCCGGAAGGUGUUCCAUCAGGCACUCUACCAGGCGGAGGUCAAAUUCCUGGUACAAUUACGACUACAUCUGGUACACAAGUAAUAACUUAUCCAGAUCGUCAACCAACGAACGGUCAAACAGUUUACCCAGGUAUUAUUCAACCUGGUAGGAUUCCUGAGAGAACAGGUACCCAAGUUACGUACCCAAGUGUUACAUAUCCUGGGACUAUUCCAGGUACAUAUCCUGGGACUAUUCCAGGUACAUAUCCUGGGACUAUUCCAGGUACAUAUCCUGGUGGUGUACAACCUGGAACUGUGAUACCAGGAGGCGUCCAGCCUGGAACUGUGAUUACAGGCGGCGUUCAGCCUGGAACUAUGAUUACAGGAGGCGUCCAGCCUGGAACUAUGAUUACAGGAGGCGUCCAGCCUGGAACUGUGAUACCAGGAGGCGUCCAGCCUGGAGGAGUUCAGCCUGGUGUACAACAAAUUACUUCUCCUGGCGGUACCUUAUAUCCUGGUCAAGUAAUCUAUCCAAGUGGCCAAGUGCCAACUUAUCCAAGUGGACAAUAUCCAGGCACGAGUGUCGGGAUUCCAGGAACAGGAGGCAUUCAGUAUCCAACAGGCACAAUAGAAGGUCAAAUAAUUGGUAGGCCUGGUGUUACUGGGCAAUAUCCUGGACAGUAUCCUGGUCAGUAUCCAGGCGGAGUCGGAGUAGAUAGUAGUCAGUAUCCAGGAAAGUUUUACCCGGGUAUGGUUGGAACUACAGGUACUGGAGAAGUUGCUGAAGGAUUAACUAGACCGAUGGGUCCAGCGGGUGUGGUGGAUGACGGUGCCCAGUCGCAAGCAUCGAGUUCCGUGCAACAGGUAGACUCGGGUACUCAAGCAAGCGCUUCUUCUCAGGGUAAAUAUGGAUCGGGUACAGCUCAGUCGCAAGUGACAGGCACUUACAGCGGUUCCGGCAGCUUCUCGGCCCAAGCUGGCACCAGUGACGCCGACAAGAGUGCCCAGGCUGAAAUCACUGGCGGUAAGGAAGGAGCUACUAGCAAUGCACAAGGAGCUGCCGGUUAUGGAAAGAGUCAGGCGCAGGUUCAAUUGGAUUCCGAUUCCGGAGCUACCUCGACAGGUGCUCAGAGCAGCGGCUGGAAUCAUGGAACCAAUUCGCAAGUGCAAGCGAGCUCCAAGGGCGGAAUGGCGGAUGCUCAGGCAAACGGCGAGGGCAGUACCUCCAGCCAGGCGCAGAUCGGAUUCCAGCCGUAUCUGAAGAGCGACGAUGAAAAGGUGGAGAAGCACGCGACGCCAUUUGGCGGCAGUGGAACGGCAUCGGCCCAAAGUGGCACUCAUCGAGGUCAAUCUCAGUCCCAGCUGCAAGGUUCUUUUCAAUACGGGAUCACGUACACCGGCGCGGCACAAGCCGGUUCCGGAUCUGGUGCCGCAUCCUCGCGGAAGCCCUUCAACUUCACUGACACCGAACUCUUCAAGCCCUUCAAGCCAGCUCCUCCUUUGAAGGUGAAUGUUGACAGCGCACAAUCGAGUCCGUCGACAAGUUCGAAUUACAAGCAGGACGAAAACAGGCAGAAUCGCGAGCAAGGUUUGCAAAGCAGCUCGACCUCGAGACAGACCGUCGUGUUGACUUCCAAGAACAAUCCAAACGACGCUGCCGACAAGAAAGUGCUGUCUACUGAAAAACCACGAAUGGACGACACGGCGUACGACGAAUACGACGACGACUACGAGGACGAUUAUCCUACGGCAACGGGUUCGAAGUUGACCAUCAAAGAGAAGCUCUCGGACUCGAGUCAACAGAAACUCGACAAGACCAUUCAACAGCAGAGUCGCAGUCAGUCGCAGACGAUACAGGUUGCCAAGGGGAACCAGUACAAGAUCCACGUUAGUCAAGAUUCAAACGUACCGCGAACGGGUGAUACUCUGCAACCGGGACAAUCCGUGUCAGGGUACACCAUCCCGUCUGGAUUCCGCGGCCGAGUAGUGUCGACCUCCGGCACCGAGACCGUUGCUCAGGGCGACGGCAGAUCUCAGUCGCAGACUGUAUCUUUGGUACCGAAGGACUUCAACAGUACCAAGUCAUCGCUCGUCACGGAGACCAGGUCGCUUCAGACUAAUCACGACCGUUAUUACAUUGGCCGGCAUACAUCGAACAGCCAAGGAUCUCCCGUCAAUCAAGGCGUGCCUUCCGAUAAGCGCACGAGACCUACCCCGGCGGUAGCGGCGAAGCCGAGUUACUACACCGUGACCAACAGUUUCGCUGGCAAGAUGAACGGCAACAACGAACCGAGAAAGUACGAGCAUCGAUAUUACACCAAGAGUUCCACCUGCGGAUACUUCACGUUCUCCUGCAACGUCGUGUACGGUUCCAACGGCAGAACGAAGAUCUGCAAGCCGAAAGUGCCGACGUAUGCCGAUGGCACGCCUAUGAGGUGUUGAGAUCACCAGAAUAUAUAUGGGGAUGCAACGAUAAUUACUUCUAUAAAGCAUCCUAAAUUAAUUGAAUUCACUUUUUUCCGCGUUGUAUAGUACAGUGGAAUUUAUGUGACUCGCUUAGAUAGAUUAGAUCGUAUUUGACUAAUUUCGCUUUCGCGCGCGUCGACAUUGUAACUCGUUCCAUCAUAAAUUCGAGUGAUACAUUUCCUCUUCAGCAGCUUUAAUAGGUAAAAUAAAUGUAGAAGUAAAACGCGAAUACGGAUAGAAAGCUUUCGUUCCUAUGGACUAGUAAAUGAAGACUAUAGAUCUUUCGGGAAAUUCUACAGGACUGAACGUUACGCCACAAACGUUACUUCAAUGCUGUAAUUUCUUUAUUGAGGUACUUCCAAAUUAUUGACUGUAUAGCAUGGUGAACAUCGUGUUGUUACAUCAAAUCGCUGCUAUUUAUUGAGUUUUGUCAAUAAAAUACAUUUUUAACUAGAA